CAAAAGGAAGAUCGGGUAGGCGCUGGGUGGAGACAAACAACAAGCAAAUAGCGGGCGGCGUCAGAACAAGGAGGAUAAAAAAUUUUUUUUAAUGAUUUCAAAAGAAAGAUCGGGUGGGGGAGAGCCUCUAAGGGGGCCCCCCCAAGGCGGGGGGCCGAGACAACGGCCUCCCCCUGCCUAAUUGUAGUUACGCCCCUGGCUGCCUGUUUCUUCUUCUCGCCCCACCCGCCGCCCAGCGGUGGGAGUGGUUGGUUGGAUGAUGUGGAAGGUCGAUUGCUGAGGUCUGCUGCGGAAAGGCACACACACACACUAGCAAAGGCACACCUUCCAUCCUUUUUCGGCAGGGCGGCUUUGCUCUCCCGUGCAAGCGAGAAGCUGCUGCCAGGAACUCCAACAUCCGUUUGGAGAGGCGAACAGCUGUUCGGCCGGAGGAAAAGCGACGGCUCCGCCGCACGCACCGCAGCAAGGGAGGUGAGUCAGUCCGCCAACUUGAUGCCGUGACGAGCUGCUUUCUCCGGCUGAACGAGUGGAACCGUUUAGGGGACGGCGGCGAGAAAAGGCGAGAUGGCCUCUGCGAAUGACACUCGUCAGAUGCCCAAGGAUGCUGCUGACCAGAACUUUGACUACAUGUUCAAGCUGUUGAUCAUUGGCAACAGCAGUGUAGGCAAGACAUCAUUUCUCUUCCGGUAUGCUGAUGACUCCUUCACCUCUGCCUUUGUUAGCACGGUGGGCAUUGACUUCAAGGUCAAGACUGUCUACAGGAAUGAAAAAAGAGUCAAGCUGCAGAUUUGGGACACAGCUGGCCAAGAGCGAUACCGGACUAUAACAACAGCCUAUUACAGAGGUGCAAUGGGUUUCUUACUUAUGUACGAUAUUUCCAAUCAGGAGUCUUUCACCGCUGUUCAAGACUGGGCAACUCAGAUCAAGACUUACUCCUGGGACAAUGCUCAAGUGAUCCUGGUUGGGAAUAAGUGUGACCUGGAGGAUGACAGAGUAAUACCAACCGAAGAUGGCAAGAGGCUGGCUGAUGAGCUAGGUUUUGAAUUCUUUGAGGCCAGUGCCAAGGACAACAUCAACGUCAAGCAGGUUUUUGAGCGCUUGGUGGACAUAAUCUGUGAGAAGAUGAACGAGAGCCUGGAUGCCAGCCCGGGCACGCUCAGCAACAAUCACAAGAAUACGGCACUGAACGAAGCCCCACCGGCACAGUCCAGCAGUUGCUCCUGCUAGAUGGGACUUUGCCCACACCUCAGAGCCUGCAACACCUCAUUGCCUCCAUGAGUAGGGGGGGCAGCUCAGCAGUUGCACCUCUCACCUGACUGCUGAUUGGCUGAUCUGCCCUGUUUGCUUCUGGAUAUGCCUGUUUUGCCUCUGACAGCAUGUACCAGUUGCCUGGUGCCCCUUUUCUUCCCCCUGUAGCAUGAUUGGCCCUGUCUAGCAGAGGCGCAUGAUUUCUUACACACACACACACACACACACACACACUCCAGCAUACAACCUGUCUUUGCAACCCAGGCAAUGUGGACCCAGCCCUGGGCCAGUGGAGAACAUUUCCAACCUCAUCUCACGGCUCCAGGAGAAUGGUUGCUGUAUGCAGUGCCGAAUACUCUGGCUUUGUUGCUGGACAGCUCAGUGACUCCAAGGCCAGUUUUCUGUUUGCCAACUUCAGCCUUGUGUGAGUUUCUCCACUAUUUAAAAUAUUAAUAAAUCCAGUGGCAGUUUGA